AUGGCCUUGUUAUCUGAUAGUUAAUCUGUUGCUGGAACAUCCUGGCUGUAUAUUAGGUUUUAGUUAUUUUGCUGUAAACUAAAUGUCUCUAUUUAGGUUUUCAGAUAAAUCUCCUAGGGAGAGAGAACGGGGGCCUACAGCCAGAGGUGAGAAAUUCACUCUGUAAUAAAUUAUUUUCAACUCAAACACAGGAAUAGUCAGACUAUAAUCAAGUCUGUCUUAUUUCCAGUGAUACCCAAUAAUUGUUGAUCUUGUUUGAUUUCCAGGAGGAAGAAAUGCAAGGAGAGGUCACCCCAAAUCAAAUGCUGAUUCACGGGGUGAGUUUGAAUGCUUUAUACUGUGUACCAGCAGCUGAAUCAUUUAAAUCCUCAGUGUUGAAAUCCUAAGUACAAGCUACCAAUCAGCCAAUGAUGAAGGAACUAUUCUGAUGUUUUCCUUGGCUUUGCUUGUUUUCAUCUCCAGGUCAGCAGCUGUGGGGCAAAGACAAUGGGGGUAGAAACGUUCCAGUGGUCAGCAGUAAAGCCAAGGGCAAGGACCGGCUGACUGGGAGGGCCACGAGGUGAGUAGCAGCAUAUUUAAUCAUAACAGCAGCCCGUGUUGAUUGAAGGAAACCACACACCUAGCCUGACUGUAUGGAAAACACACUGGGGCUUACUCUAAAGAGCACAACGUGUCAAAUGACCAAAAACAGCUCAUUCACUUUUGCACUCUUCUGUUCUAUUUCAAAAAGCCCACUGUUCCAACUUUUUGUGCUGAAGCCAUUGGUGAGGCUAGACUGCUUUUAGGUUCUGUUAGCGGUGCUUGAGAGGCAGGUAUUGGUGGCUGUGCGGUCCUCUGUGAGAUUGAGCCGGCCAGGGGAAAGCGCAAUCAGGUCUGUCCAGGCAGAGUGGUCCCUGGCCUCAGUUGCCUGUUAUUAGGUUUCGCUGCUGGUGCUAAUGGGAAAAGAGCAGAGCGUGAAGAGAACUGCUCAGACCAGCCUACACCUUUCUAUCUAGAACUUAAAAGGGUUCUUCGGCUGUCCCCAUAGGAUAACACUUUGAAGAACCCUUGUUGGUUCCAGGUAGAACCCUUUUGGUUCCAAGUAGAACCAUUUUGGUUUCCAGGUAAAACCCUUUCCACAGAGGGUUCUACAUGGAACCCAAAAUGGUUUUAGCUGGAAUAGAAAAGGAUACUUUGAAGAAUAUAGACCACUCAUUCUGAAUGUUUCUAAUAAUUAUUUUUAUAUUUCAGAUGGGACGCCAACGAGGAUGGGGAGGAUUUGCAGGUGAGAGGUCUAAACUGAAUGCUUUGCACUGACGAUAUAGCUGUGCUUUGGUGAAAAAAUGGCUGUGCUUGGGCUCAACAAAGACAUCUCUGUCUUCUUCAUCAUAUUACCAAUGGAAUUUUCUUUUUUUUCCUUCAGGCCUCUAAGACUAGUUUGGAGGAAUUUUUAGAAGAGCUUGAUGCUUUGGCUGACCCUGACAUAGAUGACUCCACUGCAGAAACUCCAGAGGUCAAAGAUGGUGACCUCAAAAUGGAGUCUUCGCCGACCCUGGAAGUGGUGAAUACCAAGGAAGUGAGUGGAAGCGUCAGUCCUCAGGCCCCAGCCGACACCCCAGAGGUCGGGACACCCAGACAGGGGAAGGCUGAGGCCUCAUCCCCUCAAGCUACAGAGAAGAAGGUCCGCUUCUCAGAGGAGCUCAUCAAGGGGCCCGGGGCCUACGAGAAGCCCAGUACUGGAGCCCAGAACUCUGCCUGCUCAGAAACCAAGGGCAUCAGCGUGUUAAAAGUUGCCUCCCCCAGCAAAAACGGCCAUCAAUUGGAGGAGCAGAGGCAGUCCCCCGAGGACCACCAGGAGGAUGCUGGUAAUGUCCUGGACUGGGGGGAUCAGCCCGCUGCAGCUGACCAGGCACAGAGCUCAUCUGAUGGGCAGCGACAGGGUCAGGAGGGCCCUCCGUUUCUUGAUGCCUCCAAAACAGAAUGUGCUGAAAUCGGCCAUGACGGUGUGCUCAGCCUUAUUCUUCCCAUUUCACAUAGCGAUGUCAAAGACCCUGCCCCUCCACAGGAGAAUGCUGUCCAGCCUUUAGAGCACGCCAAGAGCAAUACAGGUAGGCAAUGGUUUUGUUCGUGGUUAGUCCCUAUCAAAUAGGUACAGUGUACAGUCGUGAUCAAACGUUUUGAGAAUGACACAAAUACACAUUUUCACAAAGUCUGCUGCCUCAGUUUUGAUGAUGGCAAUUUGCAUAUACUCCAGAAUGUCAUGAAGAGUGAUCAGAUGAAUUGCAAUUAUUUGCAAAGUCCCUCUUUGCCAUGAAAAUGAACUUAAUCCCCAAAAACAUUUCCACUGCAUUUCAGCCCUGCCACAAAAGGACCAGCUGCCAUCAUGUCAGUGAUUCUCUCGUUAACACAGGUGAGAGUGUUGAUGAGGACAAGGCUGGAGAUCACUCUGUCAUGCUGAUUGUGUUAGAAUAGACUGGAAGCUUUAAAAGGAGGGUGGUGCUUGAAAUAAUUGUUCUUCCUCUGUUAACCAUGGUUACCUGCAAGGAAACACGUGCCGUCAUCAUUGCUUUGCACAAAAAGGGCUUCACAGGCAAGGAUAUUGCUGCUAGUAAGAUUGCACCUAAAUCAACCAUUUAUCGGAUCAUCAAGAACUUCAAGGAGAGAGGUUCAAUUGUUGUGAAGAAGGCGUCAGGGUGCCCAAGAAAGUCCAGCAAGUGCCAGGACCGUCUCCUAAAGCUGUGGGAUCGGGGCACCACCAGUGCAGAGCUUGCUCAGGAAUGGCAGCAGGCAGGUGUGAGUGCAUGUACACGCACAGUGAGGCGAAGACUUUUGGAGGAUGGCCUGGUGUCAAGAAGGGCAGCAAAGAAGCCACUUCUCUCCAGGAAAAACAUCAGGGACAGACUGAUAUUCUGCAAAAGGUACAGGGAUUGGACUGCUGAGGACUGGGGUAAAGUCAUUUUCUCUGAUGAAUCCCCUUUCCGAUUGUUUGGGGCAUCCGGAAAACACCUUGUCCGGAGAAGACAAGGUGAGCGCUACCAUCAGUCCUGUGUCAUGCCAACAGUAAAGUAUCCUGAGACCAUUCAUGUGUGGGGUUGCUUCUCAGCCAAGGGAGUGGGCUCACUCACAAUUUUGCCUAAGAACACAUCCAUGAAUAAAGAAUGGAACCAACACAUCCUCCGAGAGCAACUUCUCCCAACCAUCCAAGAACAGUUUGGUGACGACCAAUGCCUUUUCCAGCAUGAUGGAGCACCUUGCCAUAAGGCAAAACAUCGAAAUUUUGGGUCCAUGGCCAGGAAACUCCCCAGACCUUAAUCCCAUUGAGAACUUGUGGUCAAUCCUCAAGAGGUGGGUGGACAAACAAAACCCCACAAAUUCUGACAAACUCCAAGCAUUGAUUAUGCAAGAAUGGGCUGCCAUCAGUCAGGAAGUGGCCCAGAAGUUAAUUGACAGCAUGCCAGGGCGGAUUGCAGAGGUCUUGAAAAAGAAGGGUCAACACUGCAAAUAUUGACUCUUUGCAUAAACUUAAUGUAAUUGUCAAUAAAAGCCUUUGACACUUAUGGAAUGCUUGUAAUUAUACUUCAGUAUACCAUAGUAACAUCUGACAAAAAUAUCUCAUAACACUGAAGCAGCGAACUUUGUGAAGACCAAUACUUGUGUCAUUCUCAAAACGUUUGACCACGACUGUAUAGCUAUCACUAUGAUGUAAUGUAAAUAAUGCUUGGUUCCCUUCACAGAGGAGCUGAUUGACUCCAGUCUGUCUGUUCUCAGCCUGGAGUCAGGAGAGACUCACCCAACCCACACCACCAGUACCGAUAAGGUCAGUAUGGACUGAGAGAAUAAGAAUGAAACUGGAUGGAUGGAAAUGAGUGCAUGACUCAUCUGCAUUGUAGUCUGGACUGCGAGAGGGAGAGAAUGAGAGAAAGAAACUGUGGAUGGAUAGAAACGGAGAUGAGUGUAUGAUUCAUCAUCACUUCAAAAUUGGGAUUUUUGAUUGCUGCAUGAGUGCAUUCCCUAUGCGCUUAUAGUGUUCAAGUUGAUUUGGAAUAGCCAAGAGAGACCAUGCAUGUUCAGAACCAUUGUAGCAGUGUGAAAAUUCAUUACCAACCGCUGUAGCAGGAUGAUAAUGCCUUACCAACCACAAAUAUAAGUACUGUAUGCCUACCUUUUGAGUAAAAACAAUAAUGUACUUUUACACCUAUUAUUUUAAACCACAUUGUUUAACCCCUUUUUCAUUGAUUUGUUUCAUAGGCAAGAGAAAAUGGGAAGAUUGUUUGAAGGACUUUUGA